CUUCUACCCUUUACGAAUUUUUUUUUGUUUUUCAUUCGAUUCCAAGUUCGUCGAUUAGAGAGACUACCGUCGCUACUUCGCCGCGGAUUCUUCCCCGCCGGAAUCAGUAGAUCUAACUUCUCACAGCUUUGAUUCGUCUGUUUGGGAACAUAAUGGUAUAUCACUCGAGCUUUGUGGAAGAAGAAGGGAUAACAAAGGCAUGUGGAUGUCCUCUGCUUCCUCUCAAGAGCCAUAUCAAGGGCCCUGCACCUGUCUCUGAACAAGAUAGAACUGAUAUUGUGGAUGAGGCAAUCACCUUCUUCCGCGCCAACGUCUUCUUCACCAACUUCCCCAUCAAAAGUCCUGCUGAUAAGCUCCUUAUUUACUUGACCUUCUAUAUAAACGUGGCCUUGAAGAGGCUCGAAGGGUGUAGAACGUUGGCUGUUGGAACUAAGGCGAUUAUCAAUUUGGGUUUAGAGGAUAUCCCUGUUCCUGGAGAAGCUGGGUUUCCAUUUCCAGGUCUCUUUUCACUUCCUUCGUCUCAGGAGGAAGCAGAGCUUUUCAGGAACUAUUUGAAGCAGGUUCGGGAGGAGACUAGUGGGAGGCUACUGAGUGUAGCGUAUAGAGCUAAUGGGACGCCAAACAAAUGGUGGCUUGCAUUCGCCAAGAGGAAAUUCAUCAACGUGGUUCUCCUCUGAUCAACAGAUCAUCAUCAAAGCUCAUUACAAAUGAAGGGUUCUCAAGCCACUCGAGAUCAUGAGCAUUGCAGCCUUUAGCUUCCUCUGCCUAAGUGCGCUUAACCAUCAGAACCAGGAAUACGAACAUUUUAUAUUAGAGAAGAAAGCUUUCUCCCUGUCUCUCUAUAUACAUAAGAUAAACAUAAAGAGUGUGACACAGACUGACGGUGUAGUAUUUUCAUACGACCUUUUGGUGAUACAAGAUCAUAGUUAAUGAGAAUAUUCUUUUGUUAUUA